AUAAGAAUGGUUUUAUUUCAACGUGCGCCUUGUGUAGCCUUAUUUCCCCUAUAUAUCAAGCGUUAACUUAAUUACGCAAAGAUAGCGCUAUCGUUUGCGAGAGUUGAGUUUGACAAUCAAUAUGAUAUGGAUUUUAGAUACGUCCAAAUAAAAAUAACACACCGUAAUACACUUAAGUCAAUGAUAGUGAAGGAUACAACACAUUUAUUUCAUCUUCAAUUCAGAAAGGUAAACAUGUCUAACUCUUCGUUCAGCAACCUGAAAAUUGUCAACCUAAAUGUAGAACGUAUUGGUGCUUUAAGGCGGAAAAAAGGAAUCAAAUAUAUUCGGAGAGUUGCAGAGAAAACAAACGCGGACAUCAUCGUCCUGCAUCGAGGAUGCCCAGAUGAUGAAAUCGACGGCUAUAAAAAGCAUCAUGGUUGUAAAGAUGAUGGAUCAAAGUUGCUGUACAAUAUCUACACAAUAACCGUCUCACCGAUUACAAAACCCCAAUGCAGUAUUGUAUACACUUUAAAUAAUUUUGCUGUUUUCACUGGGUUAUCUGUUUUGUCGGUAGCAUCUUAUGGCCGUGUUUCUCGUAGUUUUAGUCUUGCAUCAUGGGAGCCAGUUAUAUUUGCGGAGGGAUCAGCUCUUGCCCUUACCAAUUUAGUUCGAGCGCUACAUGAUUGCAUCGGGGCAACAGAAACCCCCGUUUUAUCAAUAGGACGGAUACCCAUACCCAUCAACAUCGAUGAGGUCAAGUAUUACGCCCAAAAAGGAAACGUUGACUGGGAUGCUCGAUAUCUGGAAGAAAUUCAAGAAAACAUAUGCAACGACACUUAUAUAACAACUGAGAGGGUGAUGACAAGUGUACGAGAUUUGAAUAAACUGAAGGUCAGGAGUUGCGACAAUGGUUCCAAUGAAACUGACGUUGUGAUUGCGUCAAGAUGUCUUAACACUGCAGAAUUGUGUCCUCUUGAUUUGAAUCAUACCACCGGAACAACCGGACGGAGUGGCUCAAUACAAGGCUUUCGACCGACAACAUCUCUGAAGCUUCCUUUGCACCCCCCUACUAUGCUCGGUGCCUAGAGGUCAUAGUGAGUAGCAUGAUUCAUCAGACCAUUGUGCUGCUGUGGUAUGAAGUAAACAUGAAAUAAAUGUUUUAAACUCAAAAUGUCACAUCGAUAAAUUUGAAUCAGAUGUAAUCUCACAGUGCAAAUAUAUUAAUUUUUCAGAAACCUAUUGUGUCCAUAUUUAGAUCCAUGCAAGGGUUUAUUAACAAGUAUCGGGAUAUGUUAUAUUCUAUCGACAUGGCAUGUAAAUAUUAUGUAGAUAAUGUAUAUGAGAUUUUAAAAUCGAAAAAUCAUAACAUAAAUCUAGAUGAAAUACAUUAUUACGUUGUUUUUUUUUAAAUAAAUAUUUCACUGAAUUUACAAACUGAAAACGAACUCAGAUAUAAAACAUUAAACAGAUCGAUUAAGUUUAUGCAUAGUUAACAUUAUCGAUGUUUUCAUUGAUAAUCUUUGGUAUCUCUUUGCUGCCUGUAUAAUCAAACACUUUUUUAAGUGAAACUCAUUGGAUGUAUUGAUGUCGUCUGACUUUGUACUCCGAUUUUUGUUGUAGUGCUAUUUAUUUGUUGUAUAUAAUCUUUGUUUGGUUUGUGUUAUUACAGCUUAUAACAAUUAAAAAAACAUAUAUAAAUAUAAGUUCUUAGAUGGUGCAUUACACAUACUAAUAUUACUUUAAAUUAAUAGUUCAGAUUGUGCGUGUUUGGUAUUGCGGAUAACUGUUUGACAAUUGCUAGAGCGGUUAUUGAGUAUAAUGGGAUAGUUGUCUUUAUCUUGCCUGAGCAGAGCCUCAUUUAUAUUUACUAAUGCGGACGUACGGUCUAUACUUUCUUAGUGACAACGGCAUUUAUACGUCUCCCAUAUAAGUCGCAUGUGUUAUGCCCGCGUAAUAUUUUUAUUUUAACGGCAGAAACCUUGAUGGCCACCGUGAAAACAGUUUAGAUUCCACGGGAGACACAAGGAAGCCGCACGUUAUCCGUUGAUCAUCAUUAAUUAGACUGUAAGACAAUAACAAUUAUACAGCCAUUCCUACAGUUUUGUAUGUAGGAACAUGACCUUGCGGGCGUCACAGAUUUUCUACGACACCCGCAGAAUCAAAUCAAUUUUAACGCCGACGCAGAGCAGAUGUGACUAGGAUAAAAAGAAAGGCUCAUAUUUCCCGAAAAUCCACCCUGAGGCGUCUGCCGUCCAUAUCACUUUAAGAUGGAUGGUUUGUUUGCAAUGUUCGUAAAUAUUUGUUGUUUUCUUCAUCCGCAUAUAGAAGAUGUGUGUACAAUGUGUAUUAUCCGCAUCUUUUGAAAAUGAAAUAGCCUGAAAUCACCAAAGGCUGAUUAAACACCUGUGAAUGUGAUCUUUAUGAUAAGUUUGGUUCAUUUUUUUGGAAUGCUAGGACAUAAUGGCGCUUGUGUCUUUACCUAUGGUUAGUACGCACGAAUUUAUAAGGUAUUUGUUUUGUGUGUGAUGCAAUGUAUAACAUGUUGAAUAUCAACCACAUAAUCCAAAGGUUGUUUCGGAAAUUUGGAAUAUAUGUAAAAUAUC